ACGUGACUCGGACUCCACAUGACUUCCCGUGGCCGAGCCCCUCCGGGAGAGCAACGACGCUGGGGAGCCGAGAUGGUCGGAGCCGCGCUGUCGCCGCGGUGGUUGCUACUGCUGCUGCUGCUGCUCCUGGCCUGGGCGCCCCCGGGCCGGGCAGCGCCGGACCUGGAUGAGAUCCAGUGCCUGCCCGGGCUGGCCAAGCAGCCAGCUUUCCGCCAGUACUCAGGCUACCUCCGCGGCUCCGGCUCCAAGCACCUCCACUACUGGUUUGUGGAGUCCCAGAAGGAUCCCAAGAGCAGCCCUGUGGUGCUUUGGCUCAACGGAGGGCCGGGCUGCAGCUCCUUAGACGGCUUCCUCACGGAGCACGGCCCCUUCCUGGUGCAGCCAGAUGGUGCCACCCUGGAGUACAACCCCUAUUCCUGGAACCUGAUUGCCAACGUAUUGUAUCUUGAGUCCCCAGCUGGGGUGGGCUUCUCCUACUCUGAUGACAAGUCUUAUGUAACCAAUGACACGGAGGUCGCCCAGAGUAAUUUUGAGGCCCUUAAGGAUUUUUUCCGCCUCUUCCCGGAGUACAAGGACAACGAGCUCUUCCUGACAGGAGAGAGCUAUGCCGGCAUUUACAUCCCCACCCUGGCAGUGUUGGUCAUGCAGGAUCCCAGCAUGAACCUUCAGGGGCUGGCUGUGGGCAACGGACUCUCCUCCUACGAGCAGAAUGACAACUCCCUGGUCUAUUUCGCCUACUACCACGGCCUCCUUGGGAACAGGCUCUGGUCUUCUCUCCAGACCCACUGCUGCUCUCAGAACAAGUGUAACUUCUAUGACAACACAGACCCAGAAUGCGUGACCAAUCUGCAGGAAGUGUCCCGCAUCGUGGGCAACUCCGGCCUCAACAUUUACAACCUCUAUGCCCCAUGUGCUGGGGGUGUGCCUGGCCGUUUAAGGUACGAGAAGGACGCCAUUGUGCUCCAUGACUUGGGCAACAUCUUCACUCGCCUGCCGCUGAAGCGGACAUGGCAUCAGGCACUGCUACGUUCUGGGGAUAGGCUGCGCAUGGACCCCCCCUGCACCAACACCACAGCCGCCUCCACAUACCUCAACAACCCCUAUGUGCGGAAGGCCCUCCACAUCCCCGAGCAGCUGCCCCACUGGGACAUGUGCAACUUCCUGGUGAAUAUACAGUACCGCCGUCUCUACCAAAGCAUGCAGUCCCAGUACCUUAAGCUGCUCACCACACAGAAAUACCGGAUCCUGCUCUACAACGGAGAUGUGGACAUGGCCUGCAAUUUCAUGGGGGACGAGUGGUUUGUGGAUUCCCUGAACCAGAAGAUGGAGGUCCAGCGCCGGCCCUGGUUAGUGGACUACGGGGACAGCGGGGAGCAGAUCGCAGGCUUCGUGAAGGAGUUCUCCCACAUCGCCUUUCUCACCAUCAAGGGCGCUGGACACAUGGUCCCCACCGACAAGCCCCAGGCUGCCCUCACCAUGUUCUCUCGCUUCCUGAAUAAGCAGCCAUACUGAUGACCACGGAGACUGGUCCCCUUCUGCCUGAUCCAGCCCCUCUUCCUGGCCCCUCCUGCUAGAAGGGAGGUCCACCUUUAUGCAAAAUGCCCCUGUGGGGCAGGUCCCUGCCUCCAGAACUGCUCCCCCGCCCCUGCCUCCCCCACAGCCCUCUGCCUCCCAGACCGGGCCCCAGUGCCUCACGUAGACAGCCUGGGGGAGUUAGCACUUUAUUCCUGACUGGGGUGCGGCCUGGCCCCCUCCCUUAAUGCACUGGAACACAGCAGAGCUCAGGACAGCCCACGGGGAGGGUGGACGGACUAAUUGAUGGAUUGAGUGUGAUUAUGGAAUUAAAUUGGGUACAGCUUAAAA